GUCAACAUCAACUGCGAGUUACUUUCCUCGUUCAUCUUGUAUUCUGUGUAUUACUGCCCAACUAGAGAGGACCGACCCGGUGUAUCCAGCGACAAGAGUUUAUCAACACCAUAUUGACCCAGAUCGUUAGGACGCUAACAGAAUCCGUUUCCGGACUGGCGCAGUACGCAGUUGCAGCGGGCGGCCAAGGGCGUUUGGUUUGCUUCCCCUCCGCCAUCCUCACCCAUGGACGCGACAAAACUUGGGAAGCCUCCUGAUCUUGGGUCGGGCUCAGGCUCCUCUCUUCCUUUCCCUGUCCUAUUGCUUUCCGGUCUGGCAACUGUGGCUGCAACGGCAGUAUCUGCGACGUCAAUAUGUCUGCAUCUGAAGAAUUAUCGCAAACCGAUUCUGCAAAGACAGGUCGUCCGGAUCAUGCUCAUGGUCCCAAUAUACGCCAUUGCGUCGUUUAUCUCCUUGUUCUCGCUUCAAGCCGCUUUCUUCAUCGACGUAGUCCGGGAUAUCUAUGAGUUCUUCAUGCUCGGACUUGACGUGCGUAGAGUAUGGACCGUGGAGAGGUGAUGCUUCUUCAGUAUCCCUUGUCCACUCAGCCUCGCUAGUCGGGUCACAGGCGCGAGUGUUACUCUUAGUAUGGAACAUUCUUUGUGAAGGUUGUGAAAGGGGAGGUCCAGAUUGCAGAGCUUGCAUACCUCUUCGUUGACAAACUGCUCAUUGUCGUUGCGAUAUCAACUGCCAUGAGCAUGGUUAUCAGAUAACCUCGAGAAGUCCUACUUUGGUCGUAUGAGAAUGCCGCACGUUGUUCAAUACUGAC